AAUAAUAAUAAUUUAUUAACUUAACUGUUAAGAUUUAGGAAUAAAAGGAAAGUCAUGGUAGUAAAAUUAAAAUUAAAAUUAAAAUUAAAAAAUUUAGGAAAAAUAAAAUCCCAAAUAGAAUUUUCUUCUCUGCAAUUAUAAAUAAGCGAUGCAGAAAAUCAGAAACCCAUCAUCAUCAUCAUCAUCAUCACCAUCACGGAACCUGCCAUCAACAACAAAGCCUGCACAUACAGUAUUACCAUAUCAAACAUCAAGAUUAAGGGACCACUAUCUAAUUGGCAAGAAGCUAGGCCAAGGCCAAUUUGGAACCACAUAUCUAUGUACAAAUAAAGCAACAAACGCCCAAUACGCAUGCAAAUCAAUCCCCAAAAGAAAACUUUUAUGCAAAGAAGAUUAUGAAGAUGUAUGGAGAGAGAUCCAGAUCAUGCAUCAUUUAUCUGAACACCCAAACGUGGUCCAAAUCAAGGGUACUUAUGAAGAUUCAAUGUUUGUUCACUUGGUUAUGGAGCUCUGUGCGGGUGGUGAGCUUUUUGAUAGGAUUGUUGCAAAGGGUCAAUACAGUGAAAAAGAAGCUGCUAAAUUGAUCAAAACUAUUGUGGGUGUUGUUGAGGCUUGUCAUUCUUUGGGUGUUAUGCAUAGAGAUCUUAAGCCUGAGAAUUUUUUGUUCGAUACUCCUGGUGACGACGCCAAGCUUAAAGCUACAGACUUUGGCCUUUCUGUUUUCUAUAAGCCAGGACAAUAUUUCUCUGAUGUAGUUGGGAGUCCAUAUUAUGUUGCACCUGAGGUUUUGCUCAAACGUUAUGGACCUGAAGUAGAUGUCUGGAGUGCAGGUGUUAUCCUUUACAUCUUGUUAAGUGGGGUUCCACCUUUCUGGGCAGAAACUGAAUCAGGAAUUUUCAGACAUAUUUUACAAGGCAAAAUAGAUUUUGAAUCUGAGCCAUGGCCUAAAAUCUCAGACAGUGCAAAAGAUCUGAUAAAAAAGAUGCUUGAGAGGGACCCAAGGCAGAGGAUUUCUGCUCAUGAAGUCUUAUGUCACCCAUGGAUCGUGGAUGACACAGUUGCCCCAGACAAACCUUUGGAUUCUGCAGUCUUGUCACGCCUGAAGAAAUUUUCAGCAAUGCAUAAGCUUAAAAAGAUGGCAUUGCGUGUUAUAGCAGAAAGACUUUCUGAAGAGGAGAUUGGUGGCUUGAAGGAGUUGUUUAAGAUGCUUGAUACAGACAGUAGUGGGACAAUAACAUUUGAGGAGCUUAAAGAGGGUUUAUUGAGAGUGGGUUCUGAACUGAUGGAAUGUGAGAUUAAGGCUCUAAUGGAAGCGGCUGAUAUAGACAACAGUGGAACUAUAGACUAUGGUGAAUUUCUUGCUGCUACAUUGCACUUAAAUAAGAUGGAGAGAGAGGAGAAUUUGCUUGCAGCUUUCUCCUAUUUUGACAAAGAUGGUAGUGGUUACAUCACAGUUGAUGAGCUGCAGCAGGCUUGCAAAGACUUUGGUUUAGAUGAUGUUCAUCUAGAUGAAAUGAUCAAGGAAAUUGAUGAGGACAAUGAUGGACGAAUAGAUUAUGCAGAGUUCACUUCGAUGAUGAGAAAGGGAGACGAGGAUAUUGGAAGGAGCAGAACUAUGAGAAGCCAUCUGAACUUUAAUUUAGCUGAUGCUCUGGGGGUCAAAGACCUGAACUGAGAUGGUAACUGAAAACGUUCAAUUGUAUAGCUAAGCAAGAUGCAGUAACGAGUAACAGAAUGCUACAGCUAAGUUCUUGAAGUAACAAUUCAUCUAUCCUUUAAGAAGUUCAACUGCAGGAUCAAUGUGACUGUUUCAACAGAAGCAGCAACACAUCAAGCAUAUCAUGUUAUGACAGAAGCAGUAAAUUAUGUGGCAAUGCUAACAUCGUCGGUUUUGUAGCCAUGGUAUUGUAGGAGGUGUCUUUCCGAAAUGUAAUGGCCAUUUUGUCCAUAAUAAAUAGUUGUCUUUCUGUAAAAUUCUAUUUUCUGACUAUUAUUUGCUCACCCUUUUGGAAAAUUUGUUGUGUUUUACAGUAAAUCAACAGUAUUAUUAGUUCAA